CUGUAGCUGUCAUUACAGGCAUCUCGUCGGAGGGGUGUUUUCCCUGUCCAUCUGCAGCCUAGCAACGUGGGGCAGAUGCACUUCUCCCACAUACCACUCGUUUCACUUGAUUUUUUUCUCUUUUUUUGCAGUCCCAGAUGCUCUGUGGUAUCUGUUGGCUGCUAAUUAAUUCAGCUUGCACAGUAACGGUUAGCUGCACUGGCUGUUUGCCGGUGACCAGAUACAGCCAUCCGAGCCCCGCUGCCUAGAAUGGCCUGCUGCCUGAAGGACGAGCUGCUCUGCUCCAUCUGCCUGAGCAUUUACCAGGACCCAGUGAGCUUCGGCUGCGAGCACUACUUCUGUCGCAAGUGUAUCACAGAGCACUGGAGCCGGCAAAAGCACGGGGGCACUUUGGACUGUCCGGAGUGCCGGAGAACCUUCUCAGAGCCCACUCUGUCCCCCAGCCUGAAAUUGUCCAACAUCGUGGAGAGGUACACGGCGUUUCCCUUAGACGCCAUCCUCAGCGCCCAGAGGACCUCCUUCCCGUGCAAGGACCAUGACAAGGUCAAGCUGUUCUGUCUGACGGACCGCGCCGUGGUUUGCUUCUUCUGUGACGAGCCGUCCCUCCACGAGCAACAUCAGGUGACCAACGUGGACGAAGCAUUUGAAGAGCUGCAGCGGGAAUUGAAGGAACAGCUGCAGGCGCUGCAGGAAAGCGAGCGGGGCCACACCGAGGCCCUUCAACUACUGAAACGCCAACUGGCCGAAACCAAGUCUUCAGCUAAAAGCCUGCGUGCCACCAUCGGGGAAGCAUUCGAGCGUCUCCAUCGGCUGCUGAGGGACCGCCAGAAAUCCAUGUUGGAGGAGCUGGAGUCUGACACGGCGCGGACGCUCACCGACAUCGAACACAAGGUCCAGCGGUACAGCCAACAGCUGCGCAAGGUCCAGGAGGGGGUCCAGAUCCUGCAGGAGCGUCUGGCGGAAACUGACAAACACACCUUCCUGGGGGGAAUCUCUUCACUCUCAGAGAGACUAAAGGGGAAGAUCCAUGAGACCAACCUGACGUAUGAGGAUUUCCCCACCUCCAAGUACAUGGGACCCCUGCAAUAUACCAUAUGGAAAUCUCUCUUCCAAGACAUUCACCCAGUACCGGCUGCUCUGACCCUCGACCCAGUGACGGCUCACCAGCGCCUUAUUCUCUCUGACGACUGCACCAUCGUGGCAUAUGGCAACUUGCACCCUCAGCCGCUGCAGGACUCGCCAAAGCGAUUUGACGUGGAAGUAUCGGUGCUGGGGUCACAGGUCUUUGAUGGAGGUGUUCAUUACUGGGAGGUGAUGGUCUCAGAUAAGACACAGUGGAUGAUAGGACUGGCCCACGAGGCUGUCAGCCGUAAAGGAAGCAUUCAGAUUCAGCCUGGCAGAGGCUUUUACUGCAUAGUCAUGCAUGAUGGGAAUCGCUAUAGUGCAUGCACGGAGCCGUGGACACGGUUAAACGUCAAGAGCAAACUAGAGAAAGUAGGUGUCUAUCUUGAUUACGACAAGGGUCUUCUCAUCUUCUACAAUGCCGACGACAUGUCGUGGCUUUACACCUUCAGAGAAAAAUUCCCAGGAAAACUCUGCUCUUACUUCAGUCCCGGACAAAGCCAUGCUAACGGUAAAAACGUUCAGCCGCUGCGUAUCAACACCGUUCGGAUCUAAUCGCAGCUACUGUUUCAUCCCUGAGGUUACAUCUUCUGCCAGCAGCUACAGAACCACCCGGACCUGGGACACAGACUGUAGCGGAUUGGGGUAAUUGUACCCGAUUACUGUUAAGUAACACAGGUGCUUAUCACCGAAUGGUGUAAUUUCUCUACGCCAUUCACGUGAUUAUGGAAAGCGUGAGGCGUUUUGGAUAGUCAGCUGGUCCGUUUGCUUGAAAGAUAACUUCAUUUUUCGCUCCCUACUAAUCUGAGGCAUCAUCUUUUUGGAAGGAACGAUGACCGU